AUGGAGUUGAGGCGGCUGAUUGAGGAGCACGAUGAUGAUGAUCCCAUGAAGAGGUAUCUGGUAGAGGAGAAGAGGGAAGAGGUGCAGAAGGCGGUGAGGAAGUUCGAGAAGAGGAGAGAUAAGGAAAGUGGAGAAGGGAAGCAUAGACAUCGGCAUCGGCAUCAUCAUAGGAGGAGGGAUGAGGAUGGAGGGAGGGGCUACAAGAUUGAGGAUGGGAGGGGGAGGGAAGAUGGUCGGAGGAAGAGUGGGCGCAGGAGUGCAACCAGGAGAUAG